CGGAAGUGGUCGCGGCCGCGCUGUUUCCGGCCGGCGGGGCGCGAUCAGGCGGGGGCCGAGCGCCGCUGUGGACCCGCCGAAGGCUGCAGAGCCCAUGGCGGAGGGCGGCGGCCCCGACGGGCGGGCCGGGCCGGGGCCCGCAGGUCCUAAUCUGAAGGAGUGGCUGAGGGAGCAGUUCUGUGACCACCCGCUGGAGCGCUGUGAGGACACGAGGCUCCAUGACGCCGCCUACGUGGGGGACCUCCAGACGCUCAGGAGCCUGUUGCAGGAUGAGAACUACCGGAGUCGCAUCAACGAGAAGUCUGUGUGGUGCUGCGGCUGGCUCCCCUGCACGCCCCUGCGGAUCGCGGCCACUGCAGGCCACGGCAACUGCGUGGACUUCCUCAUCCGGAAGGGCGCCGAGGUGGACCUGGUGGACGUGAAGGGACAGACGGCCCUGUACGUGGCCGUGGUCAACGGACACCUGGAGAGUGCGCAGAUCCUCCUGGAAGCCGGAGCCGACCCCAACGGAAGCCGGCACCACCGGAGCACCCCUGUGUACCACGCCUCUCGCGUGGGCAGGGCCGACAUACUGAAGGCGCUCAUCAGGUAUGGCGCUGAUGUUGACGUCAACCACCACAUGACGCCUGACAUCCGGCCCCCCUUCUCCCGGCGCCUCACUUCCUUGGUGGUCUGCCCCUUGUACAUCAGUGCAGCCUACCACAACCUCCAAUGCUUCAGGCUGCUCCUCCAGGCUGGGGCGAACCCCGACUUCAACUGCAAUGGCCCUGUCAACACGCAGGGCUUCUACAGGGGCUCCCCCGGCUGCGUCAUGGAUGCUGUCCUGCGGCAUGGCUGUGAGGCAGCCUUCGUGAGCCUGCUCGUGGAGUUUGGAGCCAACGUGAACCUGGUCAAGUGGGAGUCCCUGGGCCCGGAGUCCAGAGGCAGAAGGAAGGUGGACCCCGAGGCACUGCAGGUCUUCAGAGAAGCCCGAAGUGUCCCGAGGGCCUUGCUGAAUCUGUGCCGUGUGGCCGUGAGAAGAGCUCUUGGCAAAUACCGGCUCCACCUGAUUCCGUCACUGCCGUUGCCGGACCCCAUCAAAAAGUUCCUGCUGUACGAGUAGAAAGAAGCCACGUGCGGGCUGACUGCAGUGAGGAAGGGUGAUUGUGCGGAAGCUGACCCGACGUGCCCUGUGAACCACACUGUGCUGGCCGCCUCACGGCUGGCUGUUGGUAAAGCAGAGACGGAGGGCCUUGUCCUCUGGAUUGGGGUCCCGUCUCAGGUACUGGGGGCGCUGGACGGUCCUGGGGUCAUCACCAGCCGAGGGCCUCACACGGAACGUGGCUCUGCCCUUCCUCACUCUCCCCGUUUUGGAUUUUCCACAGCUGCUUAUUAAUGAAAUGGGCUGAGGUCGGAGGCCUGCUGACACUCCCAGGAGGGAAGUCUAGCGCUUUCCAGAACUGUGCUUCUGUUUAUAUUUUACUUCUCAGUGUAAUUAUUUGAGUCAAGCCUUCUAAUACUUAAAUGAAAAGGGAGUUUUGGUAAAAAAGUGGAGUACAG